GUACUCAUCAUUUCAGACAAUUUCUAGGUGGUUAGGAAUUACCAACUUCUUUGUCUCUUUAAGAUUCAAAUUCUAUGCUUCGCAUUCUGAUGUUUUGAUAUAAAACCAAUAUCAUUAUCGUUGUUCAAAAAUCAUAAGAUUGAGGAUCGGAGAGAAAAUGACUACUGCAAGAUUUAUCAAAUGUGUGACAGUAGGAGAUGGAGCGGUAGGAAAGACUUGCAUGCUCAUAUCAUACACCAGCAAUACAUUUCCAACUGAUUAUGUUCCGACUGUGUUCGACAACUUCAGCGCUAAUGUGGUGGUAAACGGUAGUACAGUAAACCUGGGCCUCUGGGAUACUGCAGGACAAGAAGAUUACAACAGGCUGAGGCCUCUGAGCUACAGAGGAGCUGAUAUAUUUCUCCUGGCUUUCUCUCUAAUUAGCAAGGCCAGCUAUGAGAACAUCUACAAGAAGUGGAUACCUGAGCUGAGACAUUAUGCACCAAAUGUUCCAAUUGUGCUUGUUGGCACCAAACUUGAUUUGAGAGAAGACAGACAAUUCGCAGAUGAUCAUCCUGGUGUGACCAUAAUAUCAACAGCACAGGGAGAAGAGCUUCGGAAGAUGAUCAAUGGGGUUGCUUACAUUGAGUGCAGUUCCAAAACACAAAGGAAUGUGAAAUCAGUGUUUGAUACAGCAAUAAGGGUAGCCUUGAUGCCACCCAAACAGAAGAAGAAGCCACAAAAGCACAAGCGAUGCACAUUUCUAUAAUGUAUAACCGAACGUCUCCAUGCCAUGUACUACAAGGAAACAGAGCUUUUCCGACUGCUAGAUUCGUCGGUUUAGGCCUUAAAACUGUUGGUCGGAUAAGCCCUAUUUCCUCGUAGUGAUAUGACAACUUAUAAAAUAAAGAUUGUUCAUGUAUUAUUUUUUUCACUAUCUUCUCAACAGCCUUCACAAUUAUAUAUGAUGUUGAACAGACAUGCAGAAAUGUUAUGUAACUACUUGUAUAUUUGCAUUUCAAUCAAUUUUGCCCUCGCUUUAAUUUUAUA